AUGUCCUCCUCACUACCCACCCGGGGGCAAUACCUCACAUCCACCGAAGCGGUUGUUGAGGGUCAGCGCUGGCAUGCAACGACCGCCAACGUAUCUGACCUCGAAGACUGUGCCAUCGCCGUCGACGCGACCUACUACUUGCAGCUCUGCCUCGAUACCCCUCCAUCCCGCGAACCUCUCUUGUCCGCGCUAGGCGGGCUUACUGGGCUCGACUACCACAUUCGCCAAGAUCUAGAACAAUGGAACGCCCACAAGAUCACUCCGUUCUUCAUAUUCGAUGGGCAAACUCUCCAUGGUCAGGAUGAAGUAGCUGCCCUGCGUGGCAAAGCGGCCAACAAGAAGACGGACGAAGCCUGGAACCUCUACGCGAAGGGUGAGGCGGAGCAAGCUGUGACUGCAUUCGGGGCCAAUAGCGGUGCAUUCCGAGUUCAAACUCUGUACCCUAUGCUCCAGUCCAUUCUCCAGGAGAAUAAGCUGCACUUCCUAGUUGCACCGUACAAUGCAUCAGCUCAGAUUGCGUACCUGGACAUGAUCGACUCUGACCAAUGCGCCGGCGUCAUGGGCUCGCAAGAGCUGCUUCUGUACCCGAUCAACGACGGCGUCAUUCGCUCUUUCGACUGGGAGAACAAGAAGGUCAAGGCUAUCUUCAAAAAGAGUCUGAUUCGCUCCCUCAAUGUCAGCGACACUACGUUCACCGACGCCCUUCUCAUGACCGGCACCUCAUUUCUCUCCACCUAUCCCCCGCUUCAGGACACGUCGCGCGCAAAGAUGGCUGUUCUUCAUUUCGUCUACAUUGCAGAGUCGGGCGAAGUGAAGGUCAACGACUACGAGCAUCUCACCAAUGACAACUUGCAAUAUAUGGGAUUGCAGCUUCCGGCAGAGCUCUAUCACUAUCUCAACGUGGGCUUGAUCGGCGGCCGUGUCUUGAGCGGCAUCACUCACCUCCAAAUCUUCAUUACACCAACUCUCGACGGCACCGUGUCAGAAGAAUACAAGAAGCUGGUUACCAACCAACUUGUUCCCAUCCGGGAGCAGACGCUUGCGCUGUUGAUGCCACGUCUGAACCGCUGGAUCUCACGCCAAGACGUCUCGUUGAAGGUCUGGUACGACGACAAGCUCUCACAAAAGCUCAACCACGCCGGCGUCCAACCUAACCCGAUAGGACGUGCCGCGACUUGGGACAUUAAAGAAAGUAGUUUCAAGAAGAGUGAGGUUACGGACGCGAAGCCAGGAUCCAUUUCAUUUGAAGUGCUUUCACUGCUCUUCCCUGACUUUGCCAAGGAGACCUUCCCCAAAGAGAAACGCAUUAAAGGCAUCAACUCGGCUGAUGAGAUCACCUCGCUCGCUAUUUGGCGCUUUCUGCAGCUUAGGGGCUAUGUCGAUAACGCCCAUGGCUUAACAGGUUGGGGAAACGCACUGGCCGUGGCGAUUAUGAGUCUCAAGACCUGGACGAGUCAAAGCCGACCUGGUGGCUUGGAGGGCUACGAGGCUGUUCUGAUGGCCUUUGAGUUGAUCCGGCUUGGCGUUUUGCAUGCGCACACUGGCUACGGAGAAGCCAAUGGAAACUCGCAGAAUGGCGCCGAUGCGGAAGAGGGCAGCAGCCUACUCAUCGGUCGCUGCGCUUCUCUACUGAAGCUGCGACACGAAGCCAAUGGAUACACAGGACCACUCAGCAAGCCCCUGCUGUACUUCCGUUCACUAUCCACGACUGUUCGAGAAGCAGACCGAGACCUCAUCGAAGCUAUCGUUGCCUCAAUGUUCCUGCACGCUCAGUCCAAGAGGGACAGAGAUGAUUACCUAUCAUUGAAGCAGAGACUUCCCUUCCUUCACAGCCCUGAUGUCGCGUUGGGCAUUGCUGUCAAGACCUUCUUGACCGAGGUCUCUACUUCUGACACUCCAGAGGUGCGGCAAGCGAGGCUGAGCGCCUUCCCGGCCAACUUUGUGCCGAAUGCGAUCAACUUCGCAGAGGACCUUGAAAUGAGCCUAGCGUUCUUUGACGCCAUUGGCGCCGGUGUGGAAACGCUGAGCACAGAGCUUUCAGCCGACGAUAAGGCGUCUUGGAGGGCAGCCCGAGACUAUCGGGACGCGAGACGGGCCUAA